AUGAGCACUAUUGAAAAAACUCUUCCUAAACAUCUAAUAUUACAAGAAAUCCUUCCAAGACUCCCAGUAAAAUCCUUAAUUCGCUUCAAAUCUGUUUCCAAAUCUUGGCUUUCCACAAUCAUAUCCCCUAAAUUCACUAAAACCCAUCUCAAAAUCUCCUCAUUUCGCCCUCACUUCCUCGUCCAUGCUACGCUUCAUCGUGCAUCAGAUGAUGAAAUCUACUUGCUACAGUAUGAUCAUAUGAAUUGCAAUGUAAGAAAUUUCAUUGAAUUGGAAUUUGCUAAUGGUUAUGAUCUCCCAAUUGAAGUUAACUACAUUGUGGGUUCUUGUAAUGGCCUUGUUUGCUUACUCGGAAACGAACACCGCUCUCGCGAGGUCUUCUAUGUGUGUAACCCGGCGACUCGCCGCCUUCGAAAAAUCAAGAAACCUGGUGGUGUAGGUCGGGCUGAUCGGUCCGGGUGUGUGUUUUGCUAUGAAUCAUCAACAGAUGAUUAUAUAAUUUUCGGUGCCUUCUCGUCACGUCAUGAUGAUUUUGUUCAUUUCUAUGUGUUUUCUUUGAGUGCUGGAAAUUGGAGAAGAAGAGAACAAUAA